GGAUAUCCCGGGAGUUUAAUCCACUCGUGGUGUUUGUUGCAGCCGCUUCAGAAACGGCGGAGAACUGUGGAGGAUUUCAACCAGUUCUGCACCUUCGUUCUGGCCUAUGCAGGCUAUAUCCCGUACCCUGAAGAGUAUGUGCCCUGGACCCACGGAGGCAGCAUGAGCCCCCAGAACAGCACGGGGAGCACUCAGGACAGCGACAGCUCGACCUCAUCUCACUCCUCCGAUGGCCACAUCCCAAUGGACAGUAGGAAGAGCAGAAAUGCUGUGGCCAGGGGGGCUGUGGGCAGUGGCCUGCUAAUGAACAGCCCUGCCUUUUCCACCGCCUUCUACAACGUCCGGCCCCAGCAAAUCAAACGGAAGAAACCACCAGCGAAGAAACGCAUUUUGGAGCAGGAGGUGAAGAAGAGGGUGCCGCUGAGUGCUUGGAAGGACUUUGGGGCAGAGCAGGAUGGGGUGAAGCAGCUGGCUGCACUGGCAGGACAGCUGUCUCCUGUGAAAGAGGAGCUAUUGGAGCCUUCUCUCAACCCGCCUGGGGAGCCCCAUCCCAACUCGGUCCUGGAGGAGCCGAUGAUGGAGGAGAAGGACUUGAUGUACGGAGCACAGGGAACUGAGAAGCCAGCAGAUGAUCCUCAGCUUAAGGAGCAUGACCCCUUCUCUGGAGAGAGGAAAAGCCCUAGUCCCUGUAAUACCUUGGACCAAAGCACAGGGGAAGAUACAAGCAGAGACACCUCCCAGCUCAGUGUUGAAUUCGCAGAAGUUCCCAACGCCAAAGCAGAAGACGAUGAUGCCUGGGAUCUGAUCACCUGCUUCUGCAUGAAGCCCUUUGCAGGGAGGCCCAUGAUUGAAUGUAACGAAUGCGCUACCUGGAUCCACCUCUCUUGUGCCAAGAUCCGCAAAUCCAACGUGCCUGACAUUUUCAUCUGCCAGCGGUGCCGGGAUGCCAAGCAGGAGAUUCGCCGCUCCAACCGAGCUCGGACAGUGCCCCGCAAGCGCCUCGUUGACUGAUGCUCCUGCAGAGCAGGAAGGCUGGGGGCCCCUUUUUAACCUGAAGACUUAGACAAUCAAUGCACUGGCAGGGGAGGGGCUGGGACACAGGGCCAGACUGUCCCCCUCACACCUCUGGCCCCUGAAAGCUGCCCUGCUGUCCUCCCCGAGGAUCAUACUGGCAUAGAGCUUGGUUAUCCCAGAAGUGUGUGGGGGAUAGGAGGAUGGUCCAGAUGCUCAUCCCUGUGGGUGGUGUGUUAGUGUUUGUGAUCUCCUGGGGCCCCACAUGCACUAACUGUUGGAUCCCAUCUCCUCCUCACAGCCCCUCCAAAGAGCCCUGCCCAUGUGCCUUCUGCACUUUCCCUGGGGGAUGCAGGCCCCUCUCCUGUCCUGGUGACACUCAGCUCAGCCCCCACCUGCCAGUCCCCAUGACUAUGAUUCUUAACUGGGUUCUUUCCUACUUGCACAUCUGGUUACUGUGGGACCACAGCUGGGGGCAGGGUGUGGGACAGGCCCCUGUCACACAGCAGCCCCCAGGCUCGUCCCUGUGCCUCUCUCCUCCUGUGGAAAGCCUGGGCCCCAAA